UUUAAAUUUACCUCCAAUUCUGGUUUAUUCGAAAACGUUAAAUACUUCCAGAACUGUGGAAAUCAAGUAUCUGAUUGGAAACCAUGCAUUGAGCGCAGAAUAGCUGACCAAGUAUUUGCAGCGUGUUGUGAGCGAUUCGUACCUCCAGAAUGCCGUGGAUUAUGUAUAUACGAAGGAAAUCCAAUUGAAUCACGAGUUGCACUGAUGCAUGCUAUUCAACCAUCGCGUUGCCGUCUUUACAAAUAUUUAAGCUCUGUGGUGCACUGUGCAGCACAAACUCAUGAUAAUACGGCAUGUUGCAAAGAUAUGGGUGUCUCUGAAAUUGGACCACAGUGUAUUCAAAUGUGUAGGCCACAGCAAAACCCUCGUCAACGUUGGGGUUCACGUUCACUUCGAAGAGAUUUUGUUGUUUGCCUCGCAAAAUGGGACCAAAUACUACGUUGUCAUCAAUCAGGUCUACGCGCGAGGAAGAUUGCAAAAAAACCAUCUAAAUCAUAA